AUGUACACUGCACAGCCCAACGGCGCCGAUAGUGCAACAAUCAAUCCCGCCGCGCUUAACACAGACCUAAUCGAGCCCGCCGCAAGAGGCGUGAAGCGAAACCGUUCCCCCGACGAUUUCGGGGACUUAGGACCGCCUGGUUCAACGGGAGGUGACGGUAGUGACAAGCCGAGGAAACGAGGAAGACCGAUGAAGUCCAGGACAUCCGGGGGUGCCCCCGAGAGUGCCGUCCCGGCACCUCUCCCCCCCGUAGCGAACACCCCGCAGUCACUUCCGCCGCAGACGCCGCAGAACCAUAGCGCGCCGCUACCUGCUCAGACGCCGACAUACGCACCUACUCAGGCCUCGCCUCCCAAGGCUACCCCGACCAAGUCGACACUGAAGGCACUCCCGACAGUGCGCGACCAUACAACCGACCAACUGGGGCCUGGUGGAGAUGAGUACCUCCCGCGGGAAAUCGACGAGGCUGGCGAGAAGAAGGUGAUGGCGAAUGGCCAGCUCACAGGAAACCGUGAAUACCGCUGCCGUACGUUCCUUGUGCCGAACCGCGGAGACAAGCUGUUUAUGCUCGCCACCGAAUGCGCGCGCGUUCUGGGGUACCGGGAUUCCUAUUUGCUGUUCAACAAGAACAGGUCUCUCUACAAAAUCAUCGCCAGCCAGGUCGAGAAGGAUGAUUUGGUAAACCAGGAGAUCCUGCCCUUCUCCUACCGGUCGCGCCAGAUCGCCAUCGUGACCGCUAGGAGCAUGUUCCGGCAGUUCGGGAGCCGUGUCAUUGUGAACGGGAGGCGGGUUCGCGAUGACUACUGGGAGACGAAGGCGCGGAAGCAGGGGUUCACCGAGGCCGAUCCGGCAGGCGAGAAACGGCCGGGUGCUUCCAAGGCUCGCGAAGCCGAGGCGAACCACAGUACCGCGAUUCUUGGGGCACCGCACGGCGAAAUCGUGUACAGCACCAAUGCUGGUCAAUUUGGUGGCGCUCCACAGCCUCAACUCGUUCAACCAGGUAUGCUUGGCGGACCACCGGGAAACUCGACCAGAAUGCCUGUAAUAACACUAGGACCAGAGUACAACGAUACGCGGAGCCGGGACUAUUCGACCAUCCUCAAGACUGGUCCGCGGCAGGAAAUCACCGGGCCACCUUACCAGGACCGGAUCCAGCCUUCCCCCAUCUCCGAGCUCCAUGCCCAAGCCCACCAUGCGGCCGAGUUCAACCGCUCUGUUAACCAGCAACGCGACUUGCGAAAUGACUACAUGCAGACGAUCUGGCGGAGGCCGCAUGAGCAGCCCCCGCCGACGACACUUAGUCAACCCAUCAGCUCGACCGAUGCUCCAGUGCCGACCAGCCGUGCUGGGCCCGCGACCCACGCGACCACGAGCACCCUGCAGCAGCCCGGGCUGGUUCCGAAUCAGAGCCCCAUGAUGAUGAGCGCCGCUCCCUACUCCCAGCCGCUCCACGCGCAGAAUCCGGUUGGCCAGAGCACACUGAGAGGUAUGACCCAUGACUCAACCCAGGGCACAUCGAGGCCGACCUAUUCGUCUCCAGGCACCUCGGCAACGCUACCGCAGGCGACGCAAAACUACAGCUACUCGCAAGGCCAGAUGUGGCCGCCGACGCCGCAGACCCCCCAGCACGGUUACUCGGCCUAUACGACCCAGUCUCAGCCGUCGCCUCAUCCCCAGCAACCCCCCGCUCCGCAGAUGCGGCACUCCAGCGGCUCGGGCCCCGUCCAACAGGGCAGCAUGCCUUACUCGGGUAUGCCGGGCAUGGGUCAGGGCUAUGGUGCCGGCGCGACCCCGGGGAUGUAUUCGGCCGACCAAACACCGCGACAAUACAUGCAAUCCAGCCCCCAGGCGCCGGCCGUCACGCAGGGCUGGUCGCAGCCGCAGGCUCCGCAGCAAUGGUGGGCUAAUCAACCCCAGUGA